AUGGAGGGGAGAGCUGAGCAGCAGUGCCGCAGCCUUCCUCAGCCCCUCCUGGGUGUCUCGGUGGGGGCAGUGUCCCCAAAAAGCAUGCUGCGGGGCACGUCUGCUCCCGAUGGGGUGGGGUGUGCCUGCCUCAGGAGUGGGCUUCAGCCUCCUGCUCUCUGCCUUGCAGGUCUGGGCAGCGCAGCAGGAGCGGGCAGCCCCUGCGAAAAGGCCUGCAACCCCCGGAUGGGCAACCUGGCGCACGGGCGGGUGCUGCGGACGGAGACGGCCUGCGGGCUCCAUGCCACCGAGCCCUUCUGUGCCGGGCUGGCCCACCCCCCCGCCGCCAUGGCCGACUCCCCCUUCCUCCUGCCCCGCACCUGGUGGCAGGCGGCCCAGGACGCCCCCCGCGAGACCAUCCGGCUGGACCUGGAAGCCACCUUCUACUUCACUCACUUGAUUUUGGUCUUCAAGUCGCCCAGGCCGGCCGCCAUGGUGCUGGAGCGUUCCCAGGACUUUGGUGAGACGUGGAUGCCUUACAAAUACUUUGCUGCUAACUGCUCGGCCACCUUUGGGCUGGAGGAUGAUGUGAGUCAGAGGGGAGCCAUUUGCACUUCCAGAUAUUCGAGUCCCUUCCCCUGCACUGGAGGAGAGGUGAUAUACCGAGCCCUGUCACCGCCUUACGCCGCAGAGGACCCGUACAGUGCAGAAGCCCAGGCGCAGCUGAAGAUCACCAACCUGCGGGUGCGGCUGCUGGAGCGGCAGGGCUGCCCCUGCCUCCCGGCAGGCCCGGCCCCCCGGGCCCUGCAGCCCCCGCCACCCCUGCACUACGCCGUCUACGACUUCAUCGUGAAGGGCAGCUGCUUCUGCAAUGGCCACGCCGACCACUGUGUCCCCGUUGCUGGAUUCAAGCCCGUCAAGGCAGCCGGCGUUUUCCACGUGGUCCAUGGGAAAUGCAUGUGCAAGCACAACACAGCAGGGUCCCACUGCCAGCACUGCGCCCCACUCUACAACGACCAGCCUUGGCAGGCUGCCGAUGGGAAAACCGGAGCCCCCAAAGAGUGUCAGUCGUGCAAGUGUAAUGGGCAUGCGGACACUUGUCAUUUUGACAUGGAUGCGUGGCUGGCAUCGGGCAAUCGCAGCGGCGGUGUCUGCGACAACUGUCAGCACAACACGGAAGGGCAGCACUGCCAGCGCUGCAAGCCGGGCUUCUACCGGGACCUCAGGAAGCCCUUCUCUGCCCCAGACGCCUGCAAACCCUGCUCCUGCCACCCCCUGGGAUCGGCCGCGCUCCCCCUGGGCCCCCACACCUUCUGCGACCCCAGCACCGGCGACUGCCCCUGCAAGCCCGGCGUGGCGGGGCCCCGCUGCGACCACUGCCUCCCCGGCUACUGGGGCUUCGGUGGCUACGGCUGCCCCCCCUGCGACUGCGCCCGCAGCUGCGACCCCCACACCGGCGACUGCCGCAGCAGCAGCUCGGAUGUGACCUGGCACCACGAAGCACCUCCUUUCCAAGCAGUGCUCAACAAAAGUGAGCCCGACUGGGGCUGGGAGGAUGAGCAGGGCUUCUCGGCACUCCGGCAUUCCGGCAAAUGCGAAUGUAAAGAGCAAGUUCUAGGAAAUCCCAAGGUCUUCUGUGGGAUGAAGUACACCUAUGUGAUCAAGACGAAGAUCAUGUCAGCUCAUGACAAAGGCUCCCAUGCAGAAGUCAAUGUGAAGAUCAAGAAAGUCUUGAAAUCUACAAAGCUGAAGAUCCUCCGGGGCAAGAGGACGCUCUACCCUGAAUCCUGGACUAACAGAGGCUGCACUUGUCCCAUCCUCAAUCCCGGCUUGGAGUACCUCGUGGCAGGACACGAGGAUGUCCGAACAGGCAGACUCAUCGUCAACAUGAAAAGUUUUGUCCAUCAGUGGAAGUCGGCUCUUGGAAGAAAGGUCCUGGAGAUUUUGAAAAGAGACUGCAACUAG